UCGGCAGCUGCCGCUUCCACUACCACCACCGGUCACAGGCCAAAGGACCAGCUCGUUGGGGGAGGAUUGCGAGCAAGAACACUACUGUACACCACAACAAGUUCAAUUCUCAUAUUCGAGAACCGCAGAAAUGGCCGAAGAGAGUCGCCGGGUCUCCACGACUCCAAUCCCUGUCCCCGUCCCCUUUGGCGCGCACCAGCCCACCAUCCAGCCGACGCCGAGCCCGCUGAGCCAGCAACCCAUCGCGGCACCACCGCCUCCUCCAGUGGACACCAGCACAAACGCGAAUGCGACUGCGACUGCGACCUCGACGACUGCGACGACAGACAUCGUGGCACCCGAAAGCAUUGCCCCGGCCUCCAAGGAUGUCGCAAUGACCGAUGCCGAACCUAUUGCCGCCGCCUCCCCGGCCCCUCAACAACACGCCGCAUCGCCAGCACCCGGAGGUCGCGCCGGAGGCACGCCCGCCCGCGCAACAAACGGGAUGCAGGAGAGUUCGUCGCGCGCCGCCAGCGCACACCCGGACCCUGGGUUCACGAUGCCCUCGGAGGCGCCGCCUCACGGGGCGCCGGCGCGGCAGUAUCUGAACAGCAAGGUGACGGGCGCAGUGCUGGAGGGUAUGAAGUUGGUUGCCAAGGAGCAACCCAGGGAUCCCUUGCGUGUGUUGGGCGAGUUCCUAUUACAGCGCUCCAAGGACAUUGAGGGUUCGACAUAAUGUACUUAGAUUCUUGCAUUGAGACGGCGUUUAGGCUGCGGAUUGGAAAAGCAUAGUUUGACGAUUGAACACGCAGUUCAAGUCUGGAGGGCUGUUUUGUCACUUAUGAUACCACUGCAAUGAGAUUCGGAUGUGUUGGU